AUGACCUUAGCGAAGAUACCACAGAAUGAGCAAACAGUGAAAGCAGAAGAAAUCAAGGACAAGAUAAGAAUGACUGGUUCUGCAAGAAAAGCCAGUGAGGUGCAAAAAAAGAAAAGAGUUGCCCAAAGGCGGGCAAAACUUGUAAGAGAGCAAGAAGCAAGUGAAAGGGAAG